UGACAAUAAACUAAGGCUUUUUUUCAUCACAGUGGUUAUAGGUCUAAGAUGUCCUUAAAACCAUUUAGUUUUUACGGAGCUGUGUUCCAAAAUACAAGAUAAGCUUGAUCCAAAAAAAACAAAAACAAAAAUAGUUUUUCACUGUUCCUAAUUCUAGGUUGGGCUGAUAGCGCAACUUUUAGUUCAUAUUUUCCAUACGUGCCCCCUAAGGUGGGAAAGUGAAAAAACAAUGGCUUCCAGCAUGUAUUGGAGGAGUAGAUGUACCACCUACUCUCAUAUUUGCUUUUGCUCUCCUCUCAUUUUCAAGAAACCCUCUGUUAAUUUACCUACCCAAUUCAUUAAAAAUGCAAAGCAAUUCAAUGCACGAGCAUCAAUUCGGCUAAGCAACCCCACAUCCACAGGAAGACUUCAGCAUCAGAUUGUCGAAUCCGAUCACUGGCGUACGAUGGCCUCUGUUUCAGAAGCAUCAAAGAGUUUGGCUUCAGAUAACAUGGAUGAACAGACAAAUUUUUGGCAGCAAGUCGAAGGUCAUCAGAAAAUGGCAGCUAAACUUCCAGCAGUUGAAAGGGUUCGUACACUUAUUCAUAGUAGCUCAAGUGGCAUCCUCUCUACCUUCUCUCAGAAAUAUGAUGGCUAUCCAUCGGGAUCGAUAGUUGAUUUUGCUUCCAGUGAAGAUGGGUGUCCAAUAUUAGCAGUUAGCAGCCUUGCAGUUCAUACUAAGGAUCUGCUGGCUAACUCAAAAUGCUCGUUGCUUGUAACCAAGGAUCCAGCAGAUAGAACAGAUUUGAUUGUCACCCUCCAUGGGGAUGCAUCUCUUGUUGCAGAAGACCAACAAGAAUCUAGUUGGGCAUGUUACUUGAGAAAACAUCCAGGUGCAUUUUGGGUUGAUUUUGGAGACUUCCAAUUUGUGCGGAUUGAACCAAAAUGUGUAAGAUAUGUCUCUGGAAUAGCCACAGCCAUGCUAGAAUCAGGAGACUUCACUGAAGAGGAAUACAAAAGUGCACAAGUUGAUCCAAUAUCGCAAUUUUCAGUCCCUGUUGCGUCCCACAUGAACAGAGAUCAUGCAGAAGAUACAAAAUUAAUCGUACAACAUUCUACAGCAAUUCAGGUUGAUUAUGCCCAUAUAAUUGAUUUGGAUAGGUUGGGUUUCAAUGUUAAGGUUGGUUAUCACGGGAACACUGUCAAACUUCGGAUUCCCUUUCCUAGGCCUGCUGAGGAUCGGAGAGAUGUAAAAACACUAAUAGUGCAAAUGCUCGAGGCUGCAAAGGAAAGUUCUACAAAAUAAAAUUCAUAAGACUGUCAUGAUACAUAUACUGUCUAUGCAUACAGUGAAGUCUUAUUAUAGAUGAGGGAUUAUGUCUUCAAAAUUUGUCUCCUGGGCACCGUAUUGAAUCCUUGAUCCAAAGUGCAAAUGAAUUUGCCAGUUAACUAAAGAUUGUUUUUGAUCUAUGACACUCUGAAUAGUUAACUUGAUAUGUAUACCAUCUAUUUCUCGGUAUAUUUAUUUUAUUUGUAUAUUUGUGGAGAUACGUUUUCCAGAUAGCAUGAUCUUUGAUGCAUGCUGGAGAAAUAAGUGGCUUCACUACCAUAUUGUGAUAAUUUCUUGUUUCAUUUUAUAUAAUAAUAGUAAAAACCAAUGGUGUAGUUUUCUUGUA